GGGGCGGCUCCUGGGGCGCGGCUCCCGCGGCAGCUGAUGCGCGUCCCGCCGGCCGGGAGGCGGGAGCCCGAGACCCCAAGACCUGAGUCGCCUGGCGCCGCAACCCGGGGCCCUGAGGAGGCCCCAGGAGAGGCAUCUUCCCGGCGGGAGUCGCUCGGCUCGUGGGUGGCCGCGGCCGCACCGUUUGGGAAGGAGGACGAGGAGGAAGCGGCGCUGCCUGCCGGCCAAGAGGAAGCGCUCCACCCGGGCCCCCGACGGCCCUCGUUUAACCACAUCCGCGCCUCCGCUGGAAACGCAUACAGGCGCCUGUCACCCGUUCCCUCCAUUUUGAAAGGGAAAAAAGGCUCUCCCCCUUCCCCUACUCUUAGGAGCUGGAGCCGGAGGAGCCGCGCUCAUGGCGUUCAGCCCUUGGCAGAUCCUGUCCCCAGUGCAGUGGGCGAAAUGGACCUGGUCCGCGGUGCGCGGCGGGGGCGCCGGCGAGGACGAGGCCGGAGGGCCCGAGGGCGAUCCCGAGGAGGAGGACUCGCAAGCCGAGACCAAAUCCUUGAGUUUCAGCUCGGAUUCUGAAGGUAAUUUUGAGACCCCUGAAGCUGAAACACCAAUCAGAUCACCUUUCAAGGAAUCCUGUGAUUCAUCACUAGGGUUGGCAGGACCGGGGGCCAAAACCCAAGAAUCACAAGAACUUGAUGAACAGCUGGUAGCAGAAGUGGUUGAAAAAUGUUCAUCUGAGACUUGUUCUAGACCCUCAGAAAAUGAGAUAUCAAAGCAGGCUAUUGCUUCUUACUCAGUCAGGGAUUUCAAAGAAGAACCUGAACGUGAUAGUAGCAAAAUUUCAGUAGUGAGACCAUUUUCAAUAGAAACCAAGAAUUCCACGGAUGCCCCAGCACCUCUAGGAACAAAGGCAGCUUAUGGGUGUCUAACUAUGGGCUCAGGCGAGGCUUUGCCCUCCAGCACAGCAGAAGCCAUCCCGGACAAGGCAAUGACAGAAGGCGCCAUGGGGGUGACCCUGGAGGCCUCCACGGAAGCUGACCUGAAGGCUGGCAGCUCCUGUCUGGAGCCUGUUCCCAGCAGAAGCAAGCUACGAAAGCCCAAACCCAUCUCUCUGAGGAAGAAGACAAUUGGUGAAUUCUUAGAAGCCGAUACUGCCCUGGAGGGCUCGCCUCUCUCCCAGGCUUCCUAUCAGUUCUGUGCUGAUAAGAUGGAUGGGAACGCAAAUCCUUUGCUAGGAGGCUCCGGGAUCCAGAAACCUCCUGCUGACACUAAGGAGACCUCGAGCGCUCCAGGCAGUGACACCAAUGACUCAGGAGUUGAGCUGCUGGAGGAGUCCAGGAACUCACCUCUGAAACUCGAGUUUGAUUUCACAGAAGAUGUGGAAAAUGUAGAGUCCAGGAAAGGCCUUCCGAGGAAACUCGGCAGGAAACUGGGUAGCAAACUGCCUCCAAAGGUACAGAAAGAUAGCGUCUGUAAGCCAGUAGGCGCCAAAGGUGGGGACCAGCCUGCAGACCCGGCUGCAGACAGCACUCCUCCCUCCCAGACAUCCGCUAAGCUGGCCCCCAGCCAGUGGGAUAACCCCAACAUCAGUCCCUUUGGGGGCCACUCCACUCUACAGAACACCCCCCCUCCCUCCUCUAAGGGCUCCUACCACCUUGAUGAAUCCAUGGAUCCCUUUAAACCAACUACAGCUUUAGCAAGCAGUGACUUUUGUUCUCCCGCCGGUAAUCAUAUUAAUGAAAUCUUAGAAUCACCCAAGAAGGCAAAGUCGCGUUUAAUAACGAGUGGCUGUAAGGUGAAGAAAUAUGAAACACAGUCUCUUGCUUUGGAUGGGUGUUCUCAGGAUGAAGGAGCAGUGAUCUCCCAAAUUUCAGACAUUUCUAAUAGGGAUGGCCACGCUACUGAUGAGGAGAAACUGGCGUCCACUUCGUCUGGUCAGAAAUCGGCUGGGGCCGAGGUGAAAGGUGAGCCAGAGGAAGACCUGGAGUACUUUGAGUGUUCCAAUGUUCCCGUGUCUGCCAUAAAUCAUGCGUUUUCAUCCUCAGAAGCAGGCAUAGAAAAAGAGGUGUGUCAGAAGAUGGAAAAAGAUGGAUCUACCAUGACUGGACUAUUGGAGUCGUCUGUGGAGAAAGCCCCCGUGUCUGUGGCCUGUGGCGGGGAGAGCCCCUUGGAUGGCAUCUGCCUCAGCGAAUCUGAUAAGACAGCCGUGCUCACCCUCAUAAGAGAAGAGAUAAUCACUAAGGAAAUCGAAGCAAAUGAAUGGAAGAAAAAAUACGAAGAAACGCGACAAGAAGUGUUGGAGAUGAGGAAAAUUGUGGCUGAAUAUGAGAAGACCAUUGCCCAAAUGAUCGAGGAUGAACAGAGGACAAAUAUGACCUCUCAGAAAAGCUUCCAGCAACUGACCAUGGAGAAGGAGCAGGCUCUGGCCGACCUUAAUUCUGUGGAGCGGUCCCUUUCUGAUCUCUUCAGGAGAUACGAGAACCUGAAAGGUGUUCUGGAAGGGUUCAAGAAGAAUGAAGAAGCCUUGAAAAAGUGUGCUCAGGAUUAUUUAGCCAGAGUUAAACAAGAGGAACAGCGAUAUCAGGCCCUGAAAAUCCACGCGGAAGAAAAACUAGACAAAGCCAACGAAGAGAUUGCUCAGGUUCGAACAAAAGCGAAGGCCGAGAGCGCAGCUCUCCACGCUGGACUCCGGAAGGAGCAGAUGAAGGUGGAGUCCCUGGAAAGAGCCCUUCAGCAGAAGAACCAAGAAAUCGAAGAACUAACGAAAAUCUGCGAUGAGCUGAUUGCGAAGCUGGGAAAGACUGACUGAGUCUCCCCCUCGUUAGCUCAGCAGGUCUGCAAUUGGCUGCUUCUCUCUUAACCACAGUUAUCUUGCCUUAUCCAGGAAAAAUUGCCCCUUUGCAGAGAAGAAGAAAAAAGACUUUAAAAAAGCACAUGCCUACUGCUGCCUGUCCUGCUUUGCUGCCGACACACAGCCCUGGAAGGAUCCCUGAAGUAUGGCACGGGCCGGAAGGAGAGGCGUCGGCCCGCCGUCUGCUGACCGGUCCGGGCAGACAGGCUGCUAUGUUUGGGGUCAUGAUUUCUCAAUCUUUAGUCCACUUAGAAGUCUUCUUUUCUUUUCCAAGCACGUUAAAUUUGGGAUUUUGUGCCUAGUAUUUGGGCUCAUCUCUGUCCACCACCUGAGUUUUUUGGUGAUUUAUUUCAUCUUUUAAAUUUAGUGUUCAACAUUAGUGGUUUUAUUUGGGGGAAAUAAUUUGGCCUAUUGUUACUUCUGGUUUAUAAACAAAAGGAGGGACUCCGAGUACCCGUUUAUACACACACACACACACACACACACACACACACACACACAUUAAUAUAUGCUGCUGUUUUUUCUCUAAAGCAUAGUCAAAGAAGAGCUUCUCCACAGAAGACCAUAUUUCCAUAAGUGUAUAACCCUAUCCGGAAAUAGAAUUGUGACUCAGAAUGCUAACCUCAGAAUUUAGGGAAUAGAAAGCAUGAAGACCCCAGACUCAGGUGUUACAUCUGGGGGAGACUUUUGCCACAUGUUUUAUUGUCUUGGUAUGGGGACCCUCCUCAGCCUCGACAGGUGUGGCCCCCUUGCGGUCAGUUCUCAGACCACAUGGCGAGCGGCCGGUGGGACUCCCUCAAAGCCAGGGUUCUGUGAGUCGGUCCAAAGCAGUUCAGUCUCCUCUGCUUCUGCUGCUACAAAAUCACCAUUUACUCUUAUUUAUCAUCUUGCUAUUUGCAAUAUGCACAGAAAAUGUGUGUGUACGAGGCUUCGGCGGCCUCCCUUAGUGGAAGACGGCUGUAGCCCUGGUAGCAGGCAGAGGAGAGGAAGCAGGUUUUUACAAGUGUGCCGUGUUGUUCUUAAAAAACUGUAAGGCAAAAAAAUCCUUUCAAACGUAGAUGGUAGAAGUUUUAACAAAACAGGCUGUAAAAAUCAUGUGAACCACUCCAAAAAUGAGCGUACUUGGAAUAUUGCUGAACGAAGAGUGUCGAGCCCCGGAGCAGAGGAGCGCGGGAGCAGAGCCACACGCAAGGCCGGGCUCCUCACGCUCGUCCUGCGCUUGGGCCACGGAGUGGGGGCCUCGAACCCCAAGAUGGAAAUUUUCCCCGUAAUGCCAGUGGACUCCCUCCAUGUGGUAGGCAAGACCAAAUCCGCGCGGUGUUUCAGACACUCUCGUCUUAAUCUUACACCCUCUUCACGGUGAUACGCACUCUAUUCCGUACAAGUAAGUUUUUGUACCUUUCUUGUAAACUCUUGCAUGAUCCAACUUCCGCAAUGAAUCGUGCCUCGUGGAGAACCUCUAUAGAUCUUUAAACGUGCGUUUGUUUUCUUUAGCCGUGUGCUGUUCACAUGGGUGCAAUCUUCAGCCCCGGGAGGUCAGUGGUGUCCUUUAGAGCUAGAAGUCACGUCUUACCUAUACGCAUUUAUCGUAAUUGGUGCUUAGGCUCUAUUUUAAAGCCUAUUGUCUUAAUAUUUUGUACAAAAAAAGGACAGCAGAAAUAUCUGUGGUUGGAGAAGUGACUUGACAAUUAUGUGGGUUUUGAAAGCAGUCGUUGUGGUUCCGUGUGGUUGCUGCACACAGUCAUGGCGCCCGUGGACCACAUGUGUCUCCAGGUGGUGGAAUGGGUUUCUGCUGCCAGUGCUCCGCUCCUAGGGAGACUGACUGUGCAUUUUGCAGAAAGAAACAUUGCUAACCUUUCUGCUGCUGUUUUUGGUGAGAUAUCCAUGUUUGUUUUACAUUGAUCUGUUUUAAGCACGAAAGGCUUAUAGUGAUCUCCAUUCUAAAUCCACGGCCCUCCAUUCAGGCUUCACGUGUAUAUUAAAAAAGUAGCUGUGUGUUAAAAGCAAGGUGACAACAGUCCUCCUCUAGCAGGCUGGUGGGAGAGGCCCCCUAAGGAAACCCCAGUGAGUGAAGUUGUUGCACAAGGAUUACAAAGGGCCCUGGUCUGCUACAAGGGACUGUUCUCCCUCCUCAUUUAAUAGAUGGAUGUUCUCCAACGAGAAUAAAAAUGGAGCAUGUUCAACUGGCACAUCAAGAGAAUAUCCUGGGCAGAAAGAAGUUACAUUUGUUUCUCUUUAUCAACAAGCAAAAGUAAAAACAAACAAAAAAAACCUUUCAAAAUUUUGGAGAGUAGGAGUUUAGCCUGUAGCUUUGCUUCAAAGCCUGUGAGGGCUGCUACUUGUUGGGUAGGAAGCAGUGAAUCCUGUCACCAGAGCCGGGGCAGAGGUGAAGGGAAGCCGCAGUCCCAGAUGGCUUUGGGAGUAGUAGGUGAUCAACCUCGUUGAGACUGUGGACCCAGAGCCAUUUCUUAAGUUUUUAACUUUGCCAAGAUGUGUCCUUUAUCUGGAAGUAUUUUGAUGGAAAGAUUUAGUGUAAAACAGACUGAACACUUUGUCACUUGGUCAGCUCAUCAGUUACAGUCAGACCUCCUGAGAUUUACUUUAUUUGGAGAAGCUCCUAGUAGCCAGUGACCUGCCCAAACCUUUUGUUCUGUAAAAGUUGUUCUGGAAAUAUUGAGAAGCCCAGUUUUCUUACGUGGUUUCUAGCUUCUUCAGACCCAGCCCAAAUUAGGAAGUGCAGAGGCACAUGAUGGUGAAAACCUCUGAGGAUCUGGCCUUCCAGAAUUAUACGGAACCCAAGGGGAGAUUCGCGGUGCGUCUUGGAGGCUAGCUCGAUUUGCAUUCUCUGUCCAGCCGGUCACCCUUUCUCCCUGUCCCGCACUGUGUGUCCUCACACAGGUAGCUUAGAUAUUCAAGAGACAGCCCCGAAUUAGCACUGUUUAUAAAGAGGGAGCAUAAAGUGCCCCGGAUGUUCCUGGGCUGACUGAGCAGCCAGAGCAAAGCACUCAUUUUCAAUAAAGGUGACAGGAGGCCCAUUGGUAUCUCUCCAAGCUCAGAAAGGAGUUUUAAAGGGCAAGCAUCAGUAAGUCUUGUGUGCUGUGGUCGGAGGUGAUUCUGCACAUCCUUUUUUAGUGGAUAAAAGCUCUAAUACUCCCUUUUAAUUUCCUUUGGCUCCUCCCUGCGACUGGCGGCCGUGUCCUGACCUGUACGUGACUGUGUCCCUGUCUUCUUGUGACUGUGUGAGCUUGCUCUCAGACUUGCGUUUCUUACUUUAGCCUCUUGUUGGGAAGAGAGAAACUAAGUGUUGAAAGAUUAAAUGCUCCAGGCAAAGGAUUUUAAAGUAAAGAUGUAUAUAUUCUGAAGAAUUUAAAGGAUAGCAGAUUAUUCUUUGCUUAUUAAAGAAUAAAUAUAGUCUGGGAAUCCCAGAAUGCCAAGCCAAAGGUCUAAGAAGUCAUUUUCUUUAAAGAUUUUAAUAAAGUAGUAUUGUAAGGAGACUUCUGUCCAAAAAGGUUUGACUGGCCUCCAGAUUCCAGUGGCUUUGGAAAAGCAGUGUGUCACUGAAACCUUGAGUCUCCCAUUAGUAAACCUAAAAAAGAACUGAUACACUAGGCAACUUCUCUCUGAGGGUCUCCUCUGGAAGGUACUGUGAACAGCAGCAUUUCCAGGGGAGACCCGCUCCCUCAUGCCCAGAGAGCACUCUGGGGACUAAAGAUUGCACUUUCUGUAGUUCUUCGUCCAAAUGCAAUCCCAUUUCCGUGCCUCUUUGCAUGCAGUUAGAUUUGGACAAACAAGAUUCCUAAGGAAUGACUUUAUUAACUAUAAUAUGGUUAUAGUUAUUACCUAUAGAUAUAUAGAUCCUGGUUAUAGUUCUAAUAUGGAGAUGGCACGCGUGACGCCAGCCUGUGGCAGUCUGAAUAAUGCUUUAACCGUCUGGAGGAGGCCCAGCACAGCGCUGAAGUGUGGCUUGAACCUUCCCUGUAUCCAUUCUUCACUCUAGAGCCAUGAAGGUGUCACUUUGUCCCCCUCUGCCUUCUAGUGGUAUCUGAAGUACACAAAAGUCUGCCCCAGUCACAUUGUUCAACCAAUGCUCUGUGAAGAACUUCCGCGUGGACAUGUGAAAAUUUGAACCCCUGACCCCACCCUCCGUCCGGAUACAGGGCAGCCUGCAAGUUCCCAGCCACAGCCGCAGCCUCUGCCCGGCCCCCUCUCGCGCUGGGGGACAGGAUCCAGGCGUUCCUUUUAAACCUCACAGGUAGCAGUAGGCUUGUCGGUGUUGCCAUUAGCAAGCGUGUGUUUGCCAGUAGAUGCCCAUUUGUACUCACGUGCCAACAAGUAAACGCCAGCUGCCCAUCUGCUUCCACUGCGUCCCCACGGGUGCCGGGAAGUGUGUGAGGAACCUCUCGUUGGGAGGCGUGAACACGGCACUGACGACCGCUGUCAGGAUCAUGUUGUGUGGAAUAAUCAUCUACAUAAAUUUUAUAUGCACAGUACUUCCCCUUUUAUAUGUCAGGUAAAUAUUUGUAAAAGUUAUACUCACACAAAUGAAAUGAUUAUAAUGAUUACUAAUAUAUUUUUUCCAUGUUUCAUUGCCUGAAUAAAAACCUGUUUACCACUGUUA